UGGAAGGACGAAGCAUAUGCAAAUGUCAUAGCAACCUGCAGCGAUUUUCAUGCCGCGCAGAAUGAGAAGUUCAAGAAUUUUGUUCUUUUUUUGCAGACACCUAACAAUUCAUUUGUAGUUUGUGCACUGCUAAAUACGCUGUAGGCUUAAUCAUGUCGACUGGAAAAGCAAAGCCGGGUGUCCUGAAGGUGCCUGGUGCCCUCCCCGCCGCGGCCAACCGCAGCAAGCUCGCCAGCCAGGCCAGCCAGAGCCGAUUGAUCAACGCCAGCAAAGCGGACCGCAGCCUGACGGUGGGCGUGGCCUCCCGCACAACGCUGACCUCCUCCAGUCGCAAGAGCCAGCUGGCCCUGGAUAGCAAGACAGAGCAACGGUUUGGUGGGAAGAUCAACAGCAUGAUUCAGGUGUUUGAUGAGUCGGGGGCCGACGUCACCCCACAGCCUCUCCUCAUCAUUGAUCCCAAUGCCGUCAAACACAACCAGAGUAAAAUCUUUGGCAGUGGCGGGGACUCCAGCGGCGGCACGCCCACUGACCUGAUGUCGCAGGCAUCCAUCUACCAAACUGGCAAUGCCAGUUUCGCAGGGCCAUUCACAAGAUCAGUGUUUGGAACCAGCAUGACCCAAUCAAGUCGGUCGGCAGAAUCCUUCACCGAUGAUUUCGCUGAGCCUGCUGCUGCUGCUGACAUUGUGACUGGCUUAGGAGACGUGCAAACGGAGAGGCAGAUUGAGAAGGAGGUCUUGACCGAGGAGGACCUGGACAAGGCGGUGAGCAUCCAACUGACGGAGACGGACACCAUCUGGAUGCUUGACCUCCCGGCCAUCUGUCUGUCGGCAGAGAGUGACGAGGCGACCAAGGUCAAGGAGCGCAACGAGAAAUACAAAGAGCUGUGUAAGAGUCGAGAUGGCAAUGACCGGUACGCUGAACGUGGUAUGCAGACAUUCAACGAGCAGCCCAAGAAUAAAGAUGUACAGACGAUGAAGGUCAACCACAACGAUUCAGGCAUCACUGCCACAACUUGGGAUAUGUACGACACAUAUGAAGAAAUCCAAGAUAAAAUAAAAAAAGCGGAAGAGGAUGACAUCAUUCCAGAAGAGGCGUCUGAAGAUCGUCCCCUCAGCACGGCAGCAAGCACCGCCUCCGUGGCAGAGCAGAGGAAACGGGCACCCACCGGUGCAAAAGAUGGUGACAGUAGAGGCAGUCUGAUGGCCAGCUCUGUUGCCGAUUCAGAGACUGACGCCGAGGUCAAGAAAGACGGAACCGUGUCUGCAGAGGGAGGAGUGGUAGUCGCUGACACAGCCAUCCUACAGUCGGACGCUUUGAAGACAGACCUGUUUGUGAUGGAGAGAGUGGUCACUCUCAACAACUUCCAGCCCAAGCAGGCAUCCUACAGAACCCUGCCGAUUCUGCCUGACAUUGACAAGAUCGUUGAGGAGGAACCUGCAGAAGGUAGCUCAACCUCCGGCGCUGUCAACAUCGCCCAGUUGGGCCCCAACCUAGACAGGCUCUGGGCCUACACCUGCAGUCUGACCAAAGGCCGCAACGUCAGCUCCAUGUCCUGGAACAAACUCAACAAAGAUCUUCUGGCUAUUGGGUAUGGUCAGUUUGGCUUCACCGAGCAGAAAGGAGGUCUGGCCUGCUGCUGGUCACUCAAAAACCCAGAGUUCCCAGAAAGAGUUUUUCAUUGCGAGUCGGGAGUGACUGCCAUGGACUUCUCUGCAACGAAUCCAAACCUCCUGGCGAUUGGUAUGUACAAUGGUAUGGUAGCCAUCUAUAAUGUGAGAGGCAGUAACGACACACCGGUGCUGGAUAGCUAUGAGAGUCACGGCAAGCACUCCGCUCCGGUCUGGCAACUGAAGUGGAUCGACAAGGAGAAGGGGGGCUCGUCGGGAGAAGAGAGGGGGGAGCUACUCAUCUCGGUCUCCACAGACGGCAGAGUCACUCAGUGGCAGAUCAGAAAGGGCUUUGAGUGCGCGGACCUGAUGAAGCUCAAGAGGGUGGCCAAGGCUAGCAAGAAGCAGAAAGAAGGCAAGGAGACCAAGAGCGAGGGAUUCAUCUCACGCCAGGCCUCAGGGAUGUGCUUUGACUUCAACCCUAAGGAUCUCAACAUAUAUUUAGCAGGCACAGAGGAGGGGCAUAUUCACAAGUGUUCAUGUUCCUACAAUGAGCAGUACCUGGACAGCUAUUUUGGACACACGGGACCAGUCUACAGAAUUGAGUGGUCUCCAUUCCUGCCCGAUGUAUUCAUUAGCGCCAGUUCUGACUGGAGCAUAAGACUCUGGGUACAAGACCGACAGAAACCAGUGCUGAAUUUCUUCUCCUCAACCAAAGCGGUCAUGGACGUAUCCUGGUCCCCCACGUCGGCUACUGUGUUUGGAUGUGUCAACGAGGGCGCUGUGGAGAUAUGGGAUCUCAGCACAAACAUGUUGGACCCAAUCAUUGUCAACGUUCCAGCGCCUGGUGUCAAACUCUCCUGCCUCAAGUUUGCUCUCAACUCAAACUGCAUCCUAGUGGGUGACAGUGAUGGGCAGGUGUCAGUGUACCAACUGAGGAACAUGCCACCAGUGGAGGACAAUCAGAGAGAGAAAUUGGAGGAUCUGAUCAGACAAACCCUGGACAGUGAACUCACAUCCAAGAGGUGAAACCUACAAAGACGUACUGGAGAGUCCCACCACACUGCAGCCAUCUUUGUCUAGUUCCUUGUGUUCGAUCACAGUCAAGCAUUCCUGCAUUUAAUGCAGCAGACUGGGGUGUAGAUAAUGUUGCUUUUAAGAAACCAGGGUAUUUAGUUCUUUGAAAAGACAGAUCAGCAUCUUAUCUUUGUCUUAAAGAAAUUUUCUUUCGUGAAAUUUACUUAUUUCGCAUUUGAAAUGUCAAUUAGGAAAGAAUUACAAUAACAAUUAUGAAGGAAUGCCUUUAAAAACAAAUUCAAGAUUCUUCCAAGUAUAUUACCGUUUUAAAAUAUUCAAGAACCGUCCUUUUGCACUUGUUAAACGUUUAUGACACUUGACAAAUCUGAAAGUCCGUCCAUGGUUAAAAGUUUGACGGAUUCAAAUAUUUCCUGUAAAAUUUUUUAACAAGAAAAGUGCCUUUGUAUGAAUUGAAAUGUGUGCAUAGAUGUAUAUAAUGUUGGCCAGAUUUUUUUUGGUGUGACUUACUAUCCCCAAGCCAGGGGGAAGUUGUACGGGAAAAAACCCAAAGCUUGCUCGUUAUUGAAAUAAAAAUUUCAAAAAUCAAAAUUAAACUACUUGAGCCUGGUUUUGGGAUAGUAAGUCACAUUUGAACUUUUUAUACAUGUAUUACGAUUGUGCCAUGUACAUUGUAAAAUAUAUGAAUAAAAGAUACAUGUAUCAUGCAUGUGGCAGAAUAUGUGGUGUUAAUGAAA